AUGGAGGAGCCCUCCACCCUUUGCAGAAGUUCGAGACUGGAGGCCAAGCGGCUGGGCCGCAUCACGGAUAUGUUGUCAAUUAAAAACCAAAUAUUUCCCUCCACCACCACUACAACUUCGGAUCCCUUCAGCAGGUUCUCCGCCACCAGAUCCGCUCCAGCACCUCCUCACAAUUGCCUCAGGUCACAACUAAACACCCAUGUCGCAUCCAUGUUCGCCUGGGGCAUGUUGGACGAGAAUUUCCAACAACUGCAGUCGAUGGAGGAGGAUGGCAGCGCAGCCCCGGGCUACGUCGCCGAAAUCAUCAACCUCUUCAUCAACAACACCAACAGGAUCCUCAACGACAUUGCCGCCUUGUUGAACCAGCCCGCGCUGAACUUCGACAUGGUGGACGUCCUCGUGCGUCAGCUCAAGGGGUGCAGCUACAGGUAA